AAAUAAAAAGUGAAAAAAUUGCAGAGGCAGAUUUUUCCUUACUUGCACAAACGGGAAACCAAUCAUCUCCUUCUGGACUCUCUCUCUCUCCAUUUCUCUCUGACCAAGGAUAAAAACCUUAAGUGGGUGCACUUCCCGACCUGACCUCCGACCGUAGGAUCUACGCAUUUCCUCGGAACCAACGGCUCUGUUCGAUUCCUAUACCUGCAACAUCAUCAUCGUCGCAGAUCUCUGAUCCUCAUCUCCGAGGUGUUUGAGAUCUGCUGUUUCCAUGGAUUCUCGAAAUCCCACCAAAAUAACAUUCAAGCUGAGGAGGGAAGAAAAAAACAGCUUUACCCAAGAAGACAUACAUGUCCCUUCAGCUUCAUCUUUAUCUUCAUCUUCCUCAUCAUCUUCAUCGUCAUCUGAUUCAGACAAUGAAAUAAUUCAAGCCCAUUUUAAUUCUCAUCAGCUGGUGCUCUAUGACCCUGCAACAGCCAAGGCUAAUGCUAAUGCUAAUGCUGUCGCUACAGUGCAUGAGAAAGUGAACAGGCCCAAUCCUUUUCCAUUUCAUCGUCCAUCUAGGGUUUUGCCAUCUGUUGGGGCCUUCACUGUGCAGUGUGCCAGCUGCUUCAAAUGGAGGCUCAUCCCAACAAAGGAAAAGUAUGAAGAGAUUCGUGAACACAUUCUGGAGCAGCCCUUUUACUGCGAAACGGCACGGGAAUGGCGGGAUUUUGUUUCUUGUGAUGAUCCAGAAGACAUUACUCAAGAUGGAAGUAGGCUCUGGGCAAUUGAUAAGCCCAACAUUGCUCAGCCCCCACCCGGCUGGCAACGCUUGCUGAGGAUUAGAGGUGAAGGAGGCACCAGAUUUGCAGACGUGUACUAUGAAUCACCAUCAGGCAAGAAACUUCGAUCAUCGGUGGAGAUCCAAAAGUAUUUGCUUCAACAUCCUGAGUAUCUGGAUGCGGGGGUUACUAUGUCACAAUUCUCGUUUCAAACUCCAAAGCCUUUGCAGGAAGAUUAUGUGAGGAAGCGUCCUGAUAAUUAUGUGAAGAAGCGUCCUGCUCACUUGACAGCUUCUUCUGCUGCCAAGAGACUUCUUGAACCUGGUGCAGAAGUAAGUCCCAUAGCAUGGGUUGGUCCAGAUGACUCCCCAGACUUGCAACUUGGUAGGCCAGCAUGCUCUCCAUACUCACAGGCACCUCUGUUUGAUCCUUUUGUUCGACCAACAAAGAAACGAGCAACAAGAAUUCCAUCAAAGAUUUACAGGGCUAAUGCAUAUAGUAGCACAGAGUCAAGGUAGAAGGGCCUGAUCAAUCUUGAAAUCGUAUUUAACUGCGGAGCUCUGUCCAGAUCGUUUUUAUUUGCUGACUGAAUGUCUGUUUGUGUUUUCUCUCGUUUUGCCUUAUAAUACAAAGUUAUAUACACUAUAUCCAGAGAAGAAAAGGAAAGGUUUGAACGCAUGAGAAUCAUUUUGGGGUCUGGGGGUUUUGUAGGCUUCAUGCCUGUGAUAUGUAAAAAAAAACUCUCAUAGAAAGAAAGUCCAUUUUUGAUUAGUCAUGUCAGAGGCAAGGCAAACCAAUUUCACAUGUAUAUGCAAUUGAGUCGGAUGAUUGGCAGCUUUACAUCUUUACAUUUGAAUGUCUUGUGCCAGAGCAUGAAUUGAGAAAUUUAACUCUUUUGGGUAGAUUCACCAAAUGUGGCUUCCACACUCUAUGUACUAAAAUAUGGUGAAGAAAAAGAGCAAUGGUUAUUUUGGGGCUGCAAGGGCAAAUAAUACCUCUU